AUGGUAGCCCCAAGCAUCCCCCUCCUCCGCGCGCUCAGAGCCACCGAAGCAAUCCGAUCAACCCUCCCUCUCCGCCAACAACCACCAAAUCUCCCCAAACGUUUCUCAUCGCACUCCCCCUCGCCCUACCGCCGAUCACCACAACCUCCCCAGACCACCAACGUUCGCAGCCAUGCGCGCGGCCUCUCAACAACCCCCACCCCGCUCUCCGCCUCCUCACCCCCCACAACCACUGACCGCGGCCCCGCCUCCACCGAACCCACCCAAACAGACUUCAGCGCCAUGGACGUGUUCUCCAACGCGCCCGCUCCCACGGCCUCGAUAGACGCCUGCCUCUCCGACGGCUUCCACCUCGACAACGGCGUCAAGAUAACCGGCGGCGCCGGCCUGCUGCUCGUGUCGGGCGAAGCGUUCGCCUGGCGGCCGUGGGAAGGCGGCGGGCGCGGGCGCCUGUUGAAUAGUAAGGGGCAAUGGGAUACCGGGGAGGGCGCGUGGGGGGUGCUGGGGUUGGUGUGGCCGAAGCCUGAUUUAUUGAUACUGGGGUUGGGGCCGGGCAUGUAUCCGAUUGCGCCGGAGACGAGGAGGUAUAUCAACGAUAUGGGGAUUCGGAUUGAUGUGCAGGAUACGAGGAAUGCGGCUGCGCAGUUCAAUUUGCUGGCUACGGAGAGGGGGGUGGGCAAUGUGGCGUGUGCUUUGAUACCUAUUGGGUGGAGGGAGCCCAAAUGA